UGUGCGAAGGUUUUAAGUUUGCCAUUGAAAAACCUCAAGGCCUCAAAACCUUCCUUCCCCCCCUCCCCCCCUUUUUUUUUAAAUCGAUUUCCCCGAUGGAAGAAUUCGGUACCUAAGCCUUAUGUGCCAACAGAGGAGGAAAGGCGACUCCUCAAGGAAUGCGGCGAGGAGAGUGCCCGAUACAGAGCUUUUCCUUUGGCUGCAGCGAGCAUGCUUGCCACUAGUCUCUUGAUUAGGAAAGGUGUUCUAAGAGAUAAUUCGAGAUUUGGCUCUCUUACUAAAGUUGCAUUUGCUGGAACGUGUGGCUACCUGGCUGGAAAGAUAUCCUACUUGCCAAUCUGCAGCGAGAAAUUUAAGAAACUGAAGGAUUCCCCAAUAGGAGAUGUUCUACGACAAGCUCAGAGACAUAGUUCGCAUAACCGUUCCAGUCGGAAGUCUGAAUUUUCAGACAUGCCUUCUCAGUCAUUUACUGAACCUUCUUCUCAAAGGCCUGGGUCUCCACUUUCUUCUAAUUAUUCAGAUGAUUACAGUUCAACAGAUAGAGCUCUCUCUAGUUAUGAACCUGUUCCAUUCAGUGCUUCCCUGAAUGAGUCUUCACCUACAGGAAUUACUGAUUACACUGUGCAAGAUCCUGCUCCAGUUCCAGAAGAAGGUCGUAAAAAAAAAGGCAUCUCGUAUGAGGAAUUAAGAAAUAAACACAGAGAGACGUAUGAGGUGAUGUUACCAGCAAAGGCAGAAACCAAGUUUUCACAGGAAAAGCCAGUUAAAGAAGUUAAAGUAAAUAAGUAUGGAGAUACCUGGGAUGAGUAAGAACUGAACAAAGAACUGAAGAAAAUUGUCUUCUGUCAGCUAACUUGAGCUUCAUCUGUAUUAGUCCCCAGGAUCUGCACUUUUGGUGUGUUCUGCCAAACACAGAUAUAAUUUUAAUAAAUGAGAAGAAAAUCCUUGACUUGUCGGAAGAUUAAAGCCGAUGUAUUUAGGCUUAAUAUUGUGUAAUUUUGCAUAGAUGGGAAGCCAGACUGAUGUGAAGUGUCAUGGUUUUAACAGCACAAACUGUUUGCUUAAGAAGAGUGAGAAGGGUAGCUAGCAAUAACUAAUGUUAUGACUGUAUAGAGAAAGAUAAAAUAUAUGUAAUAAAUACAAUCAGAGAUGUACUGGGAGGGAAAGAUAUCAGAAUCUUCUCAAAUUUUCAAGGCUUGCAUUAAAAGUUACCUGUAGAACUAA